ACAAGCCGUGUCAGGAAUCUGUCGGCAAAAGGGUUAAUCCGCGGCUUUGUGCAAGCAUGUCAUAAAAGAUAACUCGACUCGCAGAUAGGAGCAACAGUGGAGUGAACUACAGGCUUUGCUGCAACUAUAAAGGUUUAUGGAACAGGAACAUGUUUUAUAUAUAUAAUUUACUGCAGUAUACCCGUACAGUGUGAGCAGAACUCCAUAUAUUUAACUCUGAGGGUGCGAACGGUAGCCAUUAAGUGCUGUGACUGAAUGCGCUAUGUAUUGCAUUGUUCCGUAAAAAAGACGCAAGGAAACCAACUUAAAUGAGAGAUGAAUGGGUAAAUUAAACAGGUAUGGUAUAUAUGGAGGGGGGAGCGCACCUGUGUGCGAUACAGGAUUACAGGGAUAAUACCUGCGUUGAACAAGAUUUAGGAGAAAUAUGCGGCGAGGUUUUUUGCAAAGGUAACGCGCUGCCGCUAGCAUGAAAGCCAAGCAGUCUGUGUCGCUGACACGGUUAAACCCGCUGACUGCAUGCAAAUGAAUCGUAUGCUAAUGUAUGGGGGGUUGGGUUUAAUCGGUCCGCUGUAGGGACUGUACUGCCAGCGGUUUGGUUACCAGUGUGUUAGUCUUGCUGGUUAGAAAGGACUUGUGUGUGGGUGUAUUUUAGUGUGUUUGAGCCUGACAGACAGAUAGAGAAGCUGUAUUAUAAACCUGGAACGAGAAACCGCUGAUGACAGACCGAAAUAAAUACAAGGGGACUGUUAAACUGAUGGAAUGUUAAAUAUCUAACCCGGCUACGGCAAAGUAUUAAUUAAAACAAGGGGGGAAAGAACAAGAAACACGCAAGUAUAGCACCCCUAUGAUCAAUUGCUGGAAGCGAAUGAAUGAAACGGCACGUCUAACGAAUUGCAUUGGACUGGAGAUUCUGCGGGAGUACAGAACGGACACUUGAACUGGCACAGCAACGCCAGGUUUAGAUUUGGAAUUCUAUACAAUUCAAUGUGGAUGUAAUUAGAAAAUAUAUUUAGCGCAAACAAACAAACACACAACCACAUUUUGACAUCAAACACAACCCCCUCUUGGUACUUAGAACCAUGUGAAGACCCUUGAAUCAAGACCAGGAGAAGUUUUGUGGAGACUUGUAGAAAGGUUCUUUCUUUUUUCUUCUUCUUCCCCCCCCCCCCCCCCAUCAUGGAAACCAAGAAGGAUUUCCACAGGUUUUUCCUUUGCCCCUCAGUACAGGGGUUCUGGUCACUGGGGGUCAGCCUUCUCCUCUCGCUUGUACUGUCCCCCGAAUAUUCUAGUAGCCAGCCCCUCAGCACCUUCCACACAGAGAACCGGGACUGGACGUUAAACCACUUGACGGUUCACCAGAAGACUGGGACACUAUACAUUGGUGCUGUCAACCGGGUCUACAAGCUAUCUGGCAACCUAACCCUUCUGGUGUCCCACAAAACAGGGCCACACGAUGACAACAAAUCGUGCUACCCUCCCCUGAUCGGCCAGCCCUGCAGUGAACCCCUGACGCUUACCAACAAUGUCAACAAGCUGCUUCUCAUCGACUACUCCCAGAACCGUCUCCUAGCCUGUGGAAGCCUGUACCAGGGAGUCUGCAGACUCCUGCGCCUGGAUGACCUCUUCAUCCUGGUGGAGCCCUCCCACAAGAAGGAGCACUACUUGUCAAGCGUCAACGAGACGGGUACCAUGUACGGCGUGAUUGUACCCUCACAUGGUGAGGACGGCACGCUCUUUAUCGGCACAGCAGUGGGCGGCAAGCAGGACUACUUCCCAACCAUCUCCAGCCGCAAGCUGCCCAAAGAUUACGAGUCCUCGGACAUGCUGGACUACGAGCUGCACAGUGACUUUGUGUCCUCGCUCAUCAAGAUCCCGUCAGACACCCUGGCCCUGGUCUCCCAUUUUGACAUCUUCUACAUCUACGGCUUUGCCAGUGGCAACUUCGUGUACUUCCUCACGGUCCAGCCGGAGACCCCCGAGGGCGUCUCCUCUGGAGCCUCCGCCAGCGACCUCUUCUACACCUCGCGCAUCGUGAGGCUCUGCAAGGACGACAACAAGUUCCACUCCUACGUGUCGCUGCCGGUGGGCUGCGUGCGGAACGGCGUGGAGUACCGCCUGCUGCAGGCCGCCUACCUCUCCAAGCCUGGCAAGGUUCUGGCUGCCUCCCUCAACAUCUCGGCCCAGGAUGAUGUUCUGUUCACCGUCUUCUCCAAGGGCCAGAAGCAGUACCACCACCCCCCGGACGACUCUGCCCUCUGCGUCUUCUCCAUCAAGAACAUCAACGCCCGCAUCAAGGAGCGCCUGCAGUCAUGCUACCAGGGGGAGGGGCACCUGGAGCUCAACUGGCUGCUGGGGAAGGAGGUCCAGUGCACCAAGGCGCCAGUGCCAAUCGAUGACCAUUUCUGUGGCUUGGAUAUCAACCAGCCGCUGGGGGGCUCCCAGCUGGUGGAGGGGAUCCCCCUGCUUACCGAGUCCCGGGACCGCAUGACCGCGGUGGCCACGUACGUGUACAACGGAUACUGUGUGGCCUUCGUGGGCACCAAGAGUGGCAAGCUCAAGAAGGUUCGAGUGGACGGCCCCUCGCAUGGUGGGGUUCAGUACGAGACCAUCUCUGUCAUCAAGGAUGGGAGCCCCAUUCUCCGUGACAUUGGCUUCUCCAUAGACCAGAACUACCUCUACGUGCUGUCAGAGAGACAGGUGUCCCGGGUUCCGAUCGAAUCAUGUGAGCAGUACACUAGGUGUGGAGAGUGCUUGAGCUCGGGGGACCCCCACUGCGGCUGGUGUGUGCUGCACAACAUGUGUUCUCGGAAGGACAGGUGCGAGCAAGCGGAGGAGCCGUUCCGAUUCGCUGACACCAUCAGCCAGUGUGUGAGCAUCGCCGUGCAGCCAGAAAGCAUCUCCGUCUCCGAGCACAGCGUGACGCUGACCAUGACGGUGAGUGAUGUUCCGGAUCUCUCCCCUGGAGUGACCUGCUCAUUCGGGAACUUAACAGAGGUGGAAGGCCAAGUGUCUGGAAAUCAAAUCCUCUGUCUUUCACCAUCGGCUAAAGAUGUGCCGCUGAUACCAAACGAUCAAGACUGGUUUGGAGUUGAACUCCGGUUGAAUUCCAAGGAGACGGGACAGAUGUUCGCCAGCACCGAGUUCAAAUUCUACAACUGCAGCGUCCACACACUCUGCCUGUCCUGUGUGAACAGUGCCUUCCACUGCCACUGGUGUAAAUACCGCAAUCUGUGCACCCACGACCCCACCAGCUGCUCCUUCCAGGAGGGCAGAGUUAACGCCUCAGAGGACUGCCCACAACUGGUGCCUUUAGAGCAGAUCCUGAUCCCGGUGGGCGAGGUGAAGCCCAUCACACUGAAGGCACGGAACCUGCCCCAGCCGCAGUCCGGCCAGCGGGGCUACGAGUGUGUGCUGGACAUCCAGGGGACCAGCCACCGCGUCCCCGCACUGCGGUUCAACAGCUCCAGCGUGCAGUGCCAGAACAGCUCGUACAUUUAUGAGGGGAUGGACAUCAGUGACCUGGCGGUGGAUUUCUCUGUGGUAUGGAAUGGAAAUUUCAUCAUUGACAAUCCAGAGACUAUUAAAGUGCACCUGUACAAGUGUGCAGCCCAGCGGGAGAGCUGUGGACUGUGCCUGAAGGCUGAGAGGAAGUUCGAGUGUGGCUGGUGCAGUGGGGAGGGACGGUGUACCUUGCGCCAACACUGCACACCACUUGCCAACCAGUGGCUGGACCUGUCCAGCAAGAACGUCAAGUGCACCAACCCGCGCAUCACGGAGGUGACCCCGGUGGCCGGUCCUCCCGAAGGAGGGACGCGUGUCACGAUCCACGGAGUCAACCUGGGCCUGGACUUCUCCGAGAUCAUCCACAACGUGCAGGUGGCCGGCGUGCAGUGCAGCCCCCUACAGGACGGAUACAUCAUUGCAGAACAGAUCGUGUGUGAGAUGGAGCCGGUCCAGCUACAGAUGUCACCCGGACCGGUUGAGCUUUGCAUUGGGGAGUGCAAACCGGAACUGAAGACCAGAUCCACGCAGCUCUAUACGUUCGUGGAACCAACUGUGGAAGCCUUGUCCCCCAGUCGGGGACCGGAGUCUGGGGGGACAAAGGUGACCAUAAUGGGGCAAAACCUGGGAGCUGGGAGCAGCGUCUCUGUCUUCUUCGGGAAUCAGACAUGCGAGUUCUACGGGCGCACUAUGACAGAGAUUGUCUGCUACUCCGCGCCCUCGCCCACUGGAGUCGGCCUGGCCCGGAUCGGGGUCAGUGUGGAUCAUGCCCAGGUGGAGGAGAGCCUGCAGUUCGAGUACAUUGAGGACCCCACCGUGCAGCGAAUCGAACCCGAGUGGAGCAUUGCCAGCGGCCACACUCCCCUGACUAUCACAGGGACUAACCUGGAUGUGAUUCAGGAGCCCCGGAUCAGAGUGAAAUACAACGGCCACGAGUCAGACAAUGUGUGUAAAGUGCUGAACGCGACCACCAUGUCGUGCCUGGCCCCGCCCCUCACCCUGGAAUACCGGCCCGGAUUGGACGCAGUGGAGCGUGCCGACGAGUUCGGCUUCAUCUUCAACAACGUGCAGUCGCUGCUCCUCUACAACAACACCAACUUCAUCUACUACCCCAACCCCACCUUCGAGCCUCUCAGCGCAUCGGGCAUCCUGGAGCAGAAACCGGGCUCCCCCAUCAUCCUCAAGGGACGGAACCUGCUGCCCCCAGCCUCUGGAGGUGCCAAGCUGAACUACACUGUGCUGAUCGGAGAGACACCCUGCUCUGUCACCGUCUCGGAGACACAGCUGCUAUGUGAGCCACCGAACCUCACUGGGCAGCACAAAGUCAUGGUCCAUGUGGGUGGUCUCAAGUUCUCUCCCGGCUCAGUCCACGUGCUCUCGGACAGCCUGCUGACCCUCCCCGCCAUUGUGAGCAUCGCAGCCGGCGGCGGCCUGCUCCUCAUCAUCGUCAUCAUUGUCCUCAUCGCCUACAAGCGCAAGUCCCGCGAGAACGACCUCACACUCAAGCGGCUGCAGAUGCAGAUGGACAACCUGGAGUCCCGCGUCGCCUUGGAGUGCAAGGAAGCCUUUGCAGAGCUGCAGACAGACAUCAACGAGCUGACCAGUGACCUGGACCGAGCUGGCAUCCCACACCUGGAGUACCGCACCUACGCCAUGAGGGUUCUCUUCCCGGGCAUUGAGGACCAUCCGGUGCUGCGCGAGCUCGAGGUCCCAGGCAACGGUCAGAUGAGUGUGGAGAAAGCCCUCAAGAUGUUCGGCCAGCUCAUCAACAACAAGGUGUUCCUGCUGACCUUCAUCCGCACCCUGGAGCUGCAGCGGAGCUUCUCCAUGCGCGACCGCGGCAACGUGGCGUCCCUCAUCAUGACCGCGCUGCAGGGCAAGCUGGAGUACGCCACGGACGUGCUCAAGCACCUGCUGAGCGACCUCAUCGACAAGAACCUGGAGAGCAAGAACCAUCCCAAGCUGCUCUUGCGCAGAACCGAGUCGGUGGCUGAGAAGAUGCUGACCAACUGGUUUGCCUUCCUGCUCCACAAAUUCCUGAAGGAGUGUGCCGGGGAGCCUCUCUUCAUGCUCUACUGUGCCAUCAAGCAGCAGAUGGAGAAGGGACCCAUCGACGCCAUCACUGGAGAGGCACGCUACUCCCUGAGCGAGGACAAGCUCAUCCGCCAGCAGAUUGAGUACAAGACGCUGAUCCUGAACUGCGUGAAUCCCGACAACGAGAACAGCCCGGAGAUCCCCGUCAAGGUGCUGAACUGCGACACCAUCACACAGGUGAAGGAGAAGAUCCUGGACGCAGUUUACAAGAACGUGCCGUAUUUCCAGCGCCCGCGAGCUGUCGACAUGGACCUGGAAUGGCGUCAGGGCCGGAUGGCGCGAGUGGUCCUGCAGGAUGAAGACAUCACCACCAAGAUUGAGAACGACUGGAAACGGCUCAACACCCUCAUGCACUACCAGGUAUCAGACCGCUGUGUGGUGGCUCUGGUCCCCAAGCAGACCUCGUCCUACAAUAUCCCACCUUCCGCUAGCAUCUCCCGCACCUCCAUCAGCAGAUACGACUCCACGUUCCGGUACACGGGCAGCCCGGACAGCCUGCGCUCGAGAGCCCCCAUGAUCACCCCCGACCUGGAGAGCGGGGUCAAGGUGUGGCACCUCGUCAAGAACCACGAGCACGGAGACCAGAAGGAGGGUGACCGUGGCAGCAAGAUGGUGUCCGAGAUCUACCUGACCCGUCUGCUCGCCACCAAGGGUACGCUGCAGAAGUUUGUGGACGAUCUGUUUGAGACGCUGUUCAGCACGGUGCACAGAGGAAGCGCCCUCCCUCUGGCGAUCAAGUACAUGUUUGACUUCCUGGAUGAGCAGGCGGAUAAACACGGCAUCCACGACACAGACGUGCGACACACCUGGAAAAGCAACUGUUUGCCCCUGAGAUUCUGGGUGAAUGUGAUCAAGAACCCGCAGUUUGUGUUCGACAUCCACAAGAGCAGCAUCACGGACGCCUGCCUGUCGGUCGUGGCCCAGACCUUCAUGGACUCGUGUUCCACGUCAGAGCACCGCCUGGGCAAGGACUCUCCGUCCAACAAGCUGCUGUACGCCAAGGAUAUCCCCAACUACAAGGGCUGGGUGGAGAGGUACUACGCAGACAUUGCGAGGCUCCCUGCAAUCAGCGACCAGGACAUGAACGCCUACCUGGCGGAGCAAGCGCGCCUGCACUCCACCGACUUCAACAUGCUGAGUGCACUCAACGAAAUCUACUCCUACGUCAGCAAAUACAGCGAGGAGAUAACCUCAGCGCUGGAGCAGGAUGAGCAAGCGCGCAGACAGCGGCUGGCAUACAAAGUGGAGCAGCUCAUCGGAGCCAUGUCUAUAGAGAGCUGAGGAUAGGAGGAGGUGUCUUCCAAACCCAAUCAAACUAAUGAAGUCAUGGGACACACUGCUGGAAGGGACCAACACACACACACACACGCCCACACACACGCACGCACACACACGCACAUAUCUGAAUAUAUGUAAGACUCGUCAUCAGUGUGGCUACGUCAGUAUGGUGACGUCUUCCUGCAGUGUAAAUGGUUUCCUUUCUUCCAGCGAUGCAGCUCGUUUCAUUGACAGUUCCAGAUCUGUGUCUUUUACAGCUAGGGAUGGACCUUUUGAAAGUGCAGAGUGAAAUGUAACCUAAAGCAGCAAAUCUGGAAGGAACCAGGAGAGUUUCGCCAGCCAGCUUUGCAUGGGAAUUGAGAGCUCUGUAUCUUGAAGCUGGGUGUGUGCUCUUAUUUCCCAUUUAUUUUUAUAUAUUCAUAGGUUUUUUUUAUUUUAUUUUAUUUUAUUUAAUUCUGGAUGCAAUUCAGCUUAUUAUUUUUGUAUUUUAUCUCAUCAUCGAGUGGGUUACUGUGCGUGACAAAAAUCUUAUUUUUUUUUUAACUGAAAAAGUACUGGUACUGUACGUGGACUGCUCUUAGACAUGUCUUUUGAGCUGCUGGCACAAAUUUGCACUUAAAAACUUCCCUUACCCAAGAAAAAAAAACAACAUCCAAGAGCUGAGAUUGGAUGAAAUAUGAAGACUUGCCUUCGGUACGGCUUGGAUGUGCCGACUUCAGAGUCUUAAAAGACGUGUGUUCAAAGUCCCCCAAAGGUUUUCGCGCACAAACCUCAUGCGCUGGAAGGGAGGGGGACAAGUGUUGUGUAGCUUGGGAAUGCAUCAACAAGGACCCUGCCUCUUUUAAAGGACUUGCUACUAGAAGAAAUGUAAUUACAACUAAGUUUAGUUUUUUGUUUUUGAAUCUCAGUUUGUGUUUGUGUAUAAAUCCAGUAUAUAUAUAUAUAUAUCCAUAACUUAGUUUUUUUCCACAGGGCUUCUGAAGGAGAGUCUCAGUUCAGCCUGUUUCAACAAGCCUCUUAAAAAGCUUGUCUUUUCAAUUCUCUCUGCUGGGCCAAAAUAUUCUGCUUGCAGUACUUGAGCACAAUGAACUCAAAGACAGCACAGUAUAGAUCUGUUCUGAGAUUGUGUACACCGCUUACCCCUCCCCUCCGUGCAUGUCAUCACUUGUGAGUCAUCAAGGCUUUACAGAUCCGCUCCGCUUACCUUGAAAUGCCAGGGCAUCGUAGAUCUCUGCUAACUCAGGACAGGGCAUGUUCGGUUUCACUCAGUCUGACCAAGAAGACAUUGAAAAAGAUGAAUCAUUUUGAAACCCUGUUUACAUUAAAGUUUACAAAUGAGUUAGACCAACGUAUAUAUGUAUCACAACCAUGUGAGGAGCACAUCAGUACUCACAGCCACCUAGACCUGUGGCUGUACUGCCAGAGCAAUGCAUGCAAACAAAUGCUGUUGACAUUAAGUAUUCAGCUGCACUUUAAAUUAAGAACCAGGGAAGGAAGUGAACAAGCAGAAUACAGAAUGUGCCAAUAACCAACAGAGGAGUUCUGUGCAGCAGUGGACUUGUAUACCGAUUUGUAUAUUUUCAUAUACAGUAGAAUAGUUUGAAAAUCUCAACCCUCACCCCAAACACAGCAUGAUGAACCCCUUACUGCGCAGUAGUUUAGUCACCAGGAGAGUGUUGCCUUCUGUUCCAUUCAUAUAAAAAUAUAAAAAUAUUUAUAGUCUUCAUACAGUUACCAUUAUACAUCAAAAUGGGAGUGACCCUAAUUACAGUUUGGGAACCCCCCUGUGUUUGGGGAGCCAGUCAGUGAGAGAUCUGAAAGGAUAAAAAAAGAUGACAAGCUGUACCUUUUAUUGUAGCGUUCAAAAAAGGCAUUCACGUGCACAUUGUUCUUAAGUCCCCAAAUGUCUCUUGUGACAGACUUAACAUUUCAAUAAGAAUGUCAGAUGGCUCCGUUAAUUCCUACUCUGUUAUUCUUCAUAAUGUGUUGCAGAGAGCCAACAGGUAAUUAGCAGUGCUAACAUACCGCAGCCCGGUUAGGGGAAUUGAGUUUGCCACAGUAUUCAUUCCUCGCAGUGCAGUGUUUACAUCAAAAGAUACUUGAAAUAAGCUAUUUAUUGAAGCGUAUUUAAUGAUGACAACAUUAGACUAGAAGAAUGUGAAGGAAAAGGAAGGCAGGUUCACUUCUCUGUAAGCCAAGGUUAGUUCUGUCUUGGUGCACCAGCUAAGUUUCAGUCCCACUUGGCUGUUAAACUUGGACAAUGAAAAAAAGAAAACCCUUCUUCUUCAGGACUAUGGGACUCGCUGGUUGAUACUGUCCACUUCUUAUUCAUCUACAUUAGGAGUAGAUAUGGACUUGUACCUGCAGGCACAGCACUCACCAGCUUGUCACGCUUGUUUUGAAGAGUGUUUCAAAAAGCCCUUUAGCUUUGGUUUUCUGCUCUUGCUUUGAAGCGCGACUUUGAUCUCUGAGUCAUGUGCGCACCAUGUGAUCAAGAGAUGUGGACUUCAAAAGGUCCCCAAGACACGGACAGCAGUGCUUGACAUCUGAUUAGUCUGUACAGCAGCUGGAGAGCUUCGGCUUCAACCCUCUGUCAUCCUAAACCAAGCACCUGAUUUUAAACAGCGCCUAGAAAAUCACCAGAUUGGUCGAGACAAAGCUUUGGGAUUUCUUCCAGGCUAAGGCCCCAGAAACCUUGAAGCUUUUAUCCUCUCGCAUCAGGGGUAAGCACCUUGGGUAUAAAACAGUAGUCACCUGUCAUAAUGAGCAGCAGUAUUCUGAAUAUACUGCAGGACCUGCUGUUGUUUCUUGGUAUUGCCAGCUUGUCAUUGUAAAUGACAAUGUGUAUUCGGUUAACUCUGGAUAAAUAAAGGUUUUGAUUGAUUGUAUUUAAUAAAACCGAAAAAUAAAUGAAAUGAACAUAAUAACCUUGCGGUACCUUAAGCAUGUCUUGGCGGUCCUAUAAUUUUUGAGGUACUCUACUGUACUACACAUUUCCACCAGACUUUGAUGCGUAGUAACUUGGUGAACUAAAAUAAUUAUUGUAUUUCUACUGGACCCAAAAACAUCCUUAACUCUGCAGGUGCUAUUCAUCGACAGUGUACCUCUGUCAUAUUGAUAAGAUCAUUCGGGCCAAACUGACCAUUAUUGAGUGAUCAAAUCCUAUUAAGUCAUCCAGCAGAUUUAUUUUCAGGCUUCCAUUAUGCGAUCAGUGAGUUUCUGGUAAAGGGGUUUGUGUAUUUGGUGGGAGAGGGGGUGCAUGUGGAGCAUGCACGUCAGCAAUUUGAAAUAUUAUUGUUUGGUCUAGGUUUUUUUCUUACUAUUUAAGACAUUAUACAAAAUAUCAGAUAGUGUAAUAAAGCAUUAACCACAGCUGUAGCCAGAGAGAGUCUCUGCAGUGUGUUCUGUAGAUAGAACCCUACUGUACGCAGGCUUUGUGAAUUCUAGCCUUGACCUCUAGAACACAGAGGUUGAUACGCCUUCCGAGCCAACCUUGACCCCUGACCUUUAAACCCUAAUACUUUAAAGAGAAUUCAUCUUCAUUUAACGAAAUAACGAACUUCUGUCAAUCGAAACUACAGUAGUAUUGAAGCUCCAUUUGCCAGGUUCAAUUUCUAUUUAUUUAAGGUUGUUUUUAACAUGACUCUACGCUGUCGCAGGAUGACAAAAGAAGAAACAGCAAAGAAAAAUACUGUUAAAAUAAGUCUAGAAGGGAAUUGAGUUUAGAGUGGACAUUUCAGGCUUUUCCCACUGAAGGGAUUAUAUAUAUAUAUAUAUAUAUAUAUAUAUAUAUAUAUAUAUAUAUAUAUAUAUAAUAAAGUCAAAUGAGCUGCGGUCCUACAGAGCAGGGAGAAGAGGAUUUGAUUAUAGAAGUUUGACACAAUCAAAUAUCAGUAUGUUUUAUGCACUUUCAGAAUGUUCUGGGUUGAAGUCAGCAGCCCAGUUUUGUGUCCUGUUGCUGCAGAAUGGCAUAAAGAAAAUUAAAUAAAUACACAAGCUUAGAGCUUAUCACUUGCAAGCCCAAACCAUGUGACUCUUGCCUCUCCUCCCUGUCCUACCUAUCCAUUCAUUCAUUUGUAGACACUGGAGUUCUGUAUUAUAGUAAAUAAAAUAAAAUACAAUGGCUGUCUGUUAUUAUUGUUGUUUUAUAAAAGGUGUUGUGAAAAUUGUAAGAAAGUCAAAAGUAUUUAAAAAAAAAGAUAAAAGCAGUUCUGAAAAAGUUGUCUGUUUGUUUUUUUUUGUUAAUGAUAAUAUAUUAUUGUGUACCUAUUGUAAAUAUGAAACUCUGCUAUUUUGCAAGCCAAGGAUUCACUUUGUACUGUUGUUAUAUAUAAAUAAACUUUACUGGUUAAAAAAUGCA